AUGGUUCGACUAGAAGAAGCACCUUUUAACAGAGACAUCCCCACUCAGUCAAACUGGCUGCAGCCAAAUAACCAUUCACACGACACAGACAACGCUGACGGAUCCACAAAAAAGAAAAGCAUGGAUCGUAUAUCUAGGCUCUUCCAAAAGAAACCCAAGAAAAAGCAGCCCCCAGCCUCUCUUACAACGUCCUUCUCAAACCUUUCUUUGGCUUCCUCAGAACUAUCGCCAGUCUCUGAUGUUCAGCCAAGUAUAGAUAGUUUAAGUAUGCGUCGUGGUGUAAGUGGGCAAAUCAACCAAAACUACUAUCCUCAACCGUCCCAGUCCUACGAGAACCAAAAGACACUUCCGCCUUUACCUCAGAAUGAAAAAGGCAUCAAGCCAGAGAGCGGAACCCUAGAUACUGUCUCAACAGCACCGUCCCUGAGCAACACAACGUCUACACACCAUCUCGGCACCGAACAAUGGCAAUCACCGGCAACAACAGGUCAAACAUCAAGUCUCAUCCGUGCAUUAUCCACAAGAAGCAACAAUCAACAUCACCUCACGCCAUUACCAGACAAAAACCUUUCCGGCAUUAGUGGUCAGGAUUCGCUCAGGUCCAUGCAGUCCAUCGCCCGCUCUCUCUCAAACUCUAGCUACACUGACCACACUUCCGUGUCAGCACUCAAAGCUCGGCUGGAAAAGCAGCGCUUUGUUUUAGAAAAGCUUGAGUUGGAAAAACACCAGUAUGAACAAGAUAAUAUUCAUCUCAACGAUCAACUCUCCCAACUCAAUCGCAAGAGUGAUCAACGGGAUACAGAUAUGGGCCAGUUAAAGGUUAACUAUGACAUCCAUCUGUGCUCUAUGCGUGCCACUGAAGACGAUCUCGACACAAUCGCGGCAAAGGUCCGACUACUGAAAGAAUCGAUUUCUCAGCUGGCAGGCGAAUUGAUGGAGCACGCCGAUCCGGUAAUUGCAACUAAUGCUCUGUACACCUUUUGGCUCAAUCUUAGUACCUCAAUUGAUGAGCUCAAAGAAGGUCCUGAUCAAACUCUACCAUUGCAUCGCAUGCGUAUGUUGACCGAGAAGUUUAUUAUGGAUGUAUUGAUCCAAAAUCUCAAUGUCAGCUUCUUUCCUGGCCUAAGUACUGCUGCCACUUCAGCCUACAAUGAAUUGUGUACCUUUUUCAGGCAGCAUGACAGAGAAUUUGCUACACGACUGCGACAGGAACUAGCCCUGGUGGUGGUGAAAAACAAGGGCCAGAAAGAGACCAUUGACAAAGAACUUCACGACAUAUUGCAGAGCAACUGGAAGUAUCUCUAUGGUGGUCUCUCUAAAGCCUAUCCGUUCCUCUAUCAGCAUGACAAAAUUGAACCGGAUGUGAGGAAACAUUAUGGUGCAAAGAUACAGAAACUUGUCGAACAAGCCGUUACGCUCGGGUGCGCAAUAAAGGGACAGGAAAUAGUUAUAACAGGGGCAGAUGUACGAGAGGGCACCCAGAUUUUUGAUAGCAAUUUUAUGGUAGACGAGGACGGUCAGACAUCGGGGGUAGUUGCCUUUUGUAUUUGCCCACCAUUUGUGGUCCUUUGCGAGCCAUACAGAUGUUUAGAAGCAGGAAAAGUACUUUGCAAGCCCAAUUAG